AUGGCUGCUAAACCCAAUCUCUCGCUACUCUUCCUCCUAGCUCUCAUGCCAAUGGUGGUGGUCAUGGCUCAGCAAAAUCGUCGGCAGCAAAAUUUGACCCAUAUACACUUCUAUGUUCAUGACACAUUGAGUGGCCCGAACCCCACGACUGUUCGGGUUGUGGAGGGGCCGAUGAAAUUGCUAGAGACAAACUUAAACUUUGGAGAUAUCUUUGUGUUUGACGAUCCACUGACUGAGGGGCCGAACCCGACAUCGAAGCUCCUAGGACGGGCCUAUGGAUCCUACAUCUUUGCAUCCCAGAGCACGACCAAACCGAUGUUGUUAUUGACUGUAAAUAUCGUGCUAAUGGAUGGACAGUAUGAUGGCAGCACAUUCUCUAUAGUGGCAAGUGAUGCAAGUUUUGUUCAAGUGGUGGAGAUGCCUAUAGUCGGAGGGACCGGCCGAUUCCGCAUGGCUCGAGGGUAUGCUCAUUCAAAGACCUACUGGUAUAAUACCACCACCUAUGAUGGUAUCUAUGAGGUGGAUGCUUACUUAUUGCACUUUGUCAUAUGA